AGCCCAGCACGGGGGAAUCAAGGCCACAGGUCUUCCUUUCCCUGAGGCCUGGCCCCUCCCUCCCCAACCUUGCUCUGCUUAGACUAGGCAGUUCCAAAUUUACAAGUGCUUGCUCUGCCUUUCCGUGUUAGGGAGAGAAGCGGAGGAAUGAGUUGAGAAUCAUCUCUGGAUUCUUGCCUCCUGUGCAUAGCUAUCUACUUAUCCUCGCCCCUCGUCUCCCCACAUCGCACGCUCGGGGACUUCUGUUUGCAGGAAGGUAGCCUCGCCUAUCCAGAACGCUCGGUCCUGCGGCGGAGGCCCCACUGAUGCUCUUGGGCCGGUGGCUCCUCGAAAGAUGCCUGCUCCCGCGGGCGCUUGAGGCCACGCAGAGGUGUUUCUCCUCCCCAGUUUCACCUCACCCGCAGACUUCUCUUGCCAUUAUUUCAUCCACCCUUAUAUAAAACCCUGCGCCCCCACCCCCAGCCCGGCGCAGCGCCCCCUCCCUCGGCUGCGCCUGGGCGGGAGGGAAGCUGAAGGGACCCGGGCGCGCGGGAGGCGCGCAGAGCUCUCCGGCUGCCCGUGUUCGCCGCCGCGCCUGGGGAAUUGGCUGUGGGCGAGGCGGCCCCGGCCGGCCUUUAUCGCUCGCCCCGCUGGUCGCUUGAAACUUUAUCAGCGAGUCUCGCCACUCGCCGCAGACGCGAGCGGGGGGCGGGGGCGCGGCGAGGCGCCGGCGGCCGUGACGAGGCGCUCCCGGCGCUGGGCGCUUCUGCUCCGGGCACGCAUGGCGCCCGCACACGGAGUCUGACCUGAUGCGGAUGCAAGGGGGUUAAUAUGAACGCCUGUCUCGGUGGAAUCUGGCUCUGGCUCCCUCUGCUCUUGACCUGGCUCAGCCCUGAGGUCAGCUCUUCAUGGUGGUACAUGAGAGCCACAGGCGGCUCCUCCAGGGUGAUGUGUGACAACGUGCCAGGGCUGGUGAGCCGUCAGCGGCAGCUGUGCCACCGACAUCCAGACGUGAUGCGGGCCAUCAGCCUGGGCGUGGCUGAGUGGACAGCUGAGUGCCAGCACCAAUUCCGCCAGCACCGCUGGAACUGCAACACCCUGGACAGGGAUCACAGCCUCUUCGGCAGGGUCCUGCUUCGAAGUAGCCGGGAAUCUGCCUUUGUGUACGCCAUCUCCUCAGCUGGAGUUGUAUUUGCCAUCACCAGGGCCUGUAGCCAAGGAGAAUUAAAAUCCUGUUCCUGUGACCCGAAGAAGAAGGGAACAGCCAAGGACAGCAAGGGCACCUUCGACUGGGGUGGCUGCAGUGACAACAUUGACUAUGGGAUCAAGUUUGCCCGAGCAUUUGUGGACGCCAAGGAAAGGAAAGGAAAGGAUGCCAGAGCCCUGAUGAAUCUUCACAACAACAGAGCCGGCAGGAAGGCUGUAAAGCGGUUCCUGAAACAGGAGUGCAAGUGCCACGGCGUGAGCGGCUCCUGUACCCUGAGGACCUGCUGGCUGGCCAUGGCCGACUUCAGGAAAACAGGCGAUUAUCUCUGGAGGAAGUACAACGGGGCCAUCCAGGUUGUCAUGAAUCAGGAUGGCACGGGUUUCACUGUGGCUAACAAGAGGUUUAAAAGGCCCACGAAAAAUGACCUCGUAUAUUUUGAGAAUUCUCCAGACUACUGUAUCAGGGACCGAGAUGCAGGCUCCCUGGGUACAGCAGGUCGUGUGUGCAACCUGACUUCCCGAGGCAUGGACAGCUGUGAAGUCAUGUGCUGUGGGAGAGGCUAUGACACCUCCCGAGUCACUCGGAUGACCAAGUGCGAGUGUAAGUUCCACUGGUGCUGUGCCGUGCGCUGCCAGGACUGCCUGGAGGCCCUGGAUGUGCACACAUGCAAGGCCCCAAAGAGCGCUGACUGGGCGGCUCCCACAUGACCCCAGCAGAGGUGGCCAUCCACCUUCCCUCCCACAAGGACGUCAUAGGAUCUGCAAGGAUGCUGGGUCUUUGGGUUCUCACUGGGAGAUAUUUCCUAAGGCAUGUGGCCUUCAUCUCUAUGGAAGCCCCUUCUCCCUCCCUUGGGACCCAGGACUGGGGCCACUCGCUGCACAUUAAACCUGCCCUAUUCUCUCUGACUUCCAGCAUUCUGGGGCACAUCUCUUGCUGGUCAUGACAGGCUGUUAAAGGGGAAGGGGGAUGGGCCUAGGUCACUGUCUCCACCCACCUAGACACCUCUUCUUUCUAGAGAAGUUGGCCAGAGGGAAAAAGAGUGUCUCAAAGGAGCUUCCUCUGUGUUUUUCAACAAAUAUUCACGGUUAAGAAAUUCUAUACUUCUCUCUGGAGGAUAAAAUAAAGACAGCAGGAUCGACCCCCACAGAAUUAACUUUAAUUCUUGACAAGACCAAGCAGGGUUUUUGCUUGAUCAAGUGAUUUUCACAGCCACCACCUCUCGGGUAAUUGGUAAUUGGCUGGGAAAACAAUGACUUUCAAUAAAACUUGGGUUUCAAAUGCAGUAUUUCAAGGCAAUUUUGCCAUAUUAAAAUCUGGUGUGACAAGGUC